AUGAGUGAUUGCGUUCAAGUGAAUUUGCGGAUUACUACAAAUAGUAAUCAAGGUGGCCGAAAAUAUAUGGAGGACACAUAUGCUAUUGCUCUUCAACGUUUAAAUCCAUUAGAUAAAGAAAGUCCAAUAUCAUUAGCUUAUUUCGGCAUAUUUGAUGGUCACGGUGGAAAAGAAGCUGCUGAAUUUGCUCGUCAAAACUUAUGUCAACAUAUUCUUGAACAAGAUGAUUUUUGGUCAGAAAAUUCCAAUGAUAAACAAAUACUAUCAGCUAUUCGAAAAGGUUUUCUUUCAUGUCACAAUGAUAUGUGGAAUCAUGUUGAAAAAUGGACAAAAACAUCAUCUGGUUUAACAAGCACUUCAGGUUGCACAGCAAGUGUUGUAUUUGUACGUGGAAAUAAAUUAUAUAUUGGACACGUUGGAGAUUCAUCGAUUGUUAUAGGUGAAGGUGCAGCACUAUAUAAAUGUUGGAAAGCAAAUCGUAUAACACGUGAUCAUAAACCAGAGGAUCCACUUGAAUUAAAGCGUAUACGUGAAAGUGGUGGAAACGUUCUUUGUAAAGCUGGUGUUCAUCGAGUUGUUUGGAAUAGACAAAAGUCAGUUACAUCAUCAAAUUAUUAUCGCAACGAACAUGUUAAAACAGCAUAUGAAUAUGAACAAAUACCAUUUUUAGCUAUAUCACGCGCAUUAGGAGAUUUAUGGAGUUUAAAUAAACAUACAAAUCUUUAUUCUGUGUCACCGGAACCUGAAUUAACAGUUAUUGAAAUUGACCCAAAUAAACAUCGAUGUUUAAUAUUAGCUAGUGAUGGACUUUGGAAUAUGAUAACACCAGAAGUAGCAGUGGAAAUUGUCAGAAAUUGUGAUGUUAAAACCGAACAAAUGAUUUUGAAUUCUGAGGAUGAUGAUGAUCGUCCAUUUCGUAAUCCAUCACAUGAACUUGUACAAAAAGCAUUAGUUUCAUGGAAAGAAAGAAUGUUACGUGCUGAUAAUAUAACUUGUAUUACAGUUAUGCUCGAUCCACCGGGACCACCAUUUAGUGAAUGUAUUUUGAAUAAGAAAAAACAAAUGUCUUCGUCAACAUAUUCACUAUGUACGGAUGGUACAAUCGAAGUAGAUCAAGCAUCACCUAUGAUUACAGGUGAAACGCCGCAAAGACCUAAACGUGUUGGACAACGCAAAGAACAUAUUCUUGCACCAAUAUCUAAUGGAUCGACACCUGUACGAACUCCCAAAAGGCCUGCAUCAGAUGAUAUAACUGAAAUGCUCGAUGAUACACCGCGUCGUAAAAUAAUAAAAAUCAAUCAACAAAAAGAAAAUAAUACAGCACCUUGUUUAAAAAGUCAACUUGAAAUUCUUCCAGUUCCUUCUACAAAUAGUGAAGAUGAUGAUCAAGAAUUUUCGUCUUUAACUCAGCAAACAAAUAAAAUAUCAACAUUUGAUGAUGAUUUAGCUCGAAAAGUUGAACAAUGUUUUCGUAAUAAUACUAAAGAACAACAAUCUGUUGUUGACAUGAUGGAAACUGAUGAAUCAAAUCAACCAAAUAAUCUGAAUAAUAAUAAUAAUAAACAAAAAUCUUCUACACGUCGUCGGUCUCGUUUUCGUUUUUCAUUUUCAAAUAAUCAUAAUUCAUCUGAAGAAGACGAAGAAGAAGAAAUAGAAACAGAUUCAAAAAGACAAUCUCGUUUAUUUCGAACGCUUUCAGCUUCGAUAAUAAAUCAUGAAAAUGAAACUACAAUGAGUUCAUCACGUCGACGUAAAUCAUAUAGUACAACUGGAUUAGCAAAUGAACUGAAAAAUAUUCCAAACAAUACAAAUACUACUAUUACUACUACGAUUACUAAAAAUAAUUGUACUGAACAACCAACAAACAUUGAUAAGAAAUCAACAAAAAUAAAAUCAUCAUUAGCUAAUCGUGUGAAACGAGUGUUUUUCCGUCCACAUUCGUAG